AAUAAUGAUGAAUCUUAGAUUUAGUCCAUGUUUUCUUUUAAAGUUCUGGGUGCAACCCUAAUAAUCAUGAAUCUUAGAUUUAGUCCAUGUUUUUUUGUCAGAAUUUAUGAUAUCAGUUGCUUGCACUAUCUUGCAUAUUUUCUUAUCUAAAGCUAUGAUAAAAUGAGAUAUCCUUUUGACCAUCCAAUGGACUAAUACAUCUGAAAAAAUAAAAAUAAAAAAACCUCAGGUUUAAUGUCUGGGAUGGAAGGGAUCAAAAAAAAGAUUGAGUUUGCCAUGAGUAAAGACAGCAGGAUAACCUUAGGCCAAAAAGGGGAAAGUGGAAUUAUCAAGGUUCUUGAUCCAGCAUUUUCUUCAUUUUUUGUCGAGCUUCCUCGCAAGCUUCAAAAUUGCCGCAAGACACAGCUCAACAGAUUAGCAAAAGAUGACGAAAGGAUAAUCUCGUCGAUUUCUAUUCUGGGAAAGGAUAGAGGUUCAUCUACUGCAUUUGGGAUUGAUCUGGAGAGGCAGUUGCAAGCUUGGAGGGAAAAUCCUUCAUGGGUUGAUCAACCUCCGCAGAUAGAGGUAAGUGUGCCAAAAGGUUCUUUCUGCAACCUCAAUGUGAAACUUGAUAUUGGGUUGCCUCCUGAUGCGGUAUAUGAUAUUGUAACUGAUCCUGAUAACAAGAGAGUUUUCAAGAAUAUUAAGGAAGUCAUAUGUAGAAAAGUUUUACUUGAUGAGGGUCAGCGGCAGGUGGUUGAAGUGGAGCAAGCAGCUGCAUGGAGAUUUCUUUGGUGGUCAGGAGUCAUCUCGGUUCAUGUUUUAGUUGAUCAGAACAGAGAAGAUCACUCACUGAGAUUCAAACAAGUGAAAAGCGGGUUCAUGAAAAGAUUUGAAGGUUGUUGGAGAUUAGAACCUAUUUUCGUUGAUGAAAAAAUGUGCUUUCCUUUCAAACCAAAAUCAUGGGCUGAGUAUUAUUCCUGCACGGGAGGCAAAGGAAGGGUUGGAUCAAAGGUGACCUUGGAACAACUGAUCCAACCUGCCCUUGUCCCUCCCCCCACUCAUUUCCUGGUAUCUGAGAGGAAUUACAGCAAAGACCACGGAGAUGAUGUUAUCUGAUCUUAUGGCUGAAGCUGCCAGAAUGAGGGGAGGUUUCAACUCCCUAAACCCGAACAAAGAUCUUAUACUAUUUACAGGAAUAAAUGAAGGACACCAAGUUGAUCAGAUACGUGACAUUAAACAAAAAUGGAGCUUGCAUAGGCGAAGUGCGAAUCGACAUCCUCGGACGCUGUUCGCUGCUGAAUCUCGAAUGCAGAAGUGAUUAGUUCAAAAUUCUUGUAUCUGUAUUUUAUAUUAAAUUUAUAUAGCAAUA